UCCCUUUACUUCUCCCAAACCAAACAACGUGCUCUUCCUCUUAUCUUCUCUCCAUUGAUCAUCCUACGCACCCUUCUUGCGCACGUUAGCAGAGACCGCCAUGGCCUCGUCGCGCCCUCCGCCACCGAAGCCUUUGGACCUGGAGCUCACCGUCGUAUCCGCCAAGCACCUGAAGAACGUGAACUGGAAGAACGGCGAGCUCAAGCCGUACGCGGUCUUCUGGGUCGACCCGGACCGCCGGCUCGCCACCAAGUCUGACGACUCCGGUUCGACCCAUCCCGUCUGGAACGAGCGGUUCACGCUCCCAAUCACCCUCCCACUCCACGAAUCCGUGCUCACCCUCGAGAUCUUCCACUCCAAGCCCUCCGAGACACCCAAGCCCUUGGUCGGCACCCUCCGCGUCCCGCUCAAGAACCUGGAAAGCCCAGACGACCAGAACCGGAUCCGAAAAUUUGAGCUCACCCGCCCCUCGGGUCGUCUCCAGGGCAAGAUCCGCGUAAAGCUCUGCGUUCGUGAACGCCCUCUGCCGCCGGAUUACCAUAUUGCCCCUCCGCCGAGCUAUUUUUACUCCAGUGCCCCUGUCAUUCCUCCUCCGCGUGACUACAGGGGAUACCCGUCCUCUCCGUACACGUCGCCGCUCCCUGCGCCCUCUCCGUCGCCGCCGCCUCCAUACCAGUACAGCUCGUAUCCUGAUACUUAUCCGGGGUACUACUCCGGAUACUACUCAAACGCGCCGCCACCGCCCCUUCCGCCUAGGCCGUUCUUCGAUCGGCCCGUGAAUUACGGUGGGCCUGGCGGGUCCAGUGGGCCGUCUGCCCCGGUGGACUACUCGCAGUAUGAGCAAAAGCCCAGGAGCUCGAAAAUGGGCCUGGGGACGGGACUUGCUGUGGGCGCGGUCGCUGGAGCAUUGGGUGGGCUCGCGUUGGAAGAGGGAUUGAAGUAUGAGGAGGAUAAGAUAGCUGAGAGGGUCGAGAAUGACAUGGCUGCGCGCGACGAUCAGAGCGAUUAUCACCCAGAUUAUACUGACUUUUAUUGAUAUAAUUGGGACCGAACUUGGCGAGGUUAAAUGUGUAAGUGGCCAAUGUCGGUUUGAUUUUAGAGUACAUCUUUGUGUGUAUAUAUGUUCUAAUGGUUUGGAUGGAACUUGUUUGGUGUUUAUGAACUUUAUUAUGGUAAAUAAAUGAAAGUUCACGAGCUUGGCAUA